CCUCUCAGCACAUGACAACAUUUUAACGAGACGCUGACAAAAACACUUUUAUACAAUAUCUUGAACGAUUAAUAAGUUUCAGACGCCAUCCAGCCUGUAUGAGAAAAUGACCGUAAUCCUGCGACUUCAAGGCCUGGAUGAGAAGGCAGACGCUGAUGAUAUACGAUCGUUCUUCAAGUCUCUGCACAUCCCUAAAGGGGGGAUUUACAUCGUGGGAGGAAGUCUCCGUGAGGCCUUUAUUGCAUUUAACACCGAAAGAGAGGCACAGCUCGCCAUGAUUCAAACUGGAGAGGCCAUUAAAGGGUCUAAGGUGAUUCUGAAGAAAAGCAGCAUGGCACAGCUGGAGCACAGAUUGGAGACAUUAAUAAAAACAAAGAAGUCUCGGCACACUGUGUUGAAGCCACAGCCGCAAUCUGAUUCAAAUAGUACAUCAAGUCAUCAUGAGGAUAAUACUGCAAUACCUUCUGCUGCACGUUCACCUAAUCUGGAUACAGCUAAUUUACCACACACAAACAAUCAGGAGUCGUGUGCCAGUACUUCAAAUGUUCCUGCAUCAAAUGAAAACCCUAUAGAUUCUGGCACUGCAUUUCUUCUUGGAAUUUGUACAGUCCUUAAAGGUCUCCAGUCAUCACAAACUACAAUACCAGGAGUUGAUUUUAAUGCGAACAAGCGCACAUUACCUGAAGAGGUGGAGACGCCAGAAGAAACGAAGCCAGGUUAUGUCCGGUUAUUUGGUCUGCCAGAGUCUACUACAAAGGAAGAUAUUUGCCAAUUCUUCAAAGGGUUGACUGUACAGGAAGCCAUAGUGAAUGUUAGGUUGGGGCCCAGUCGUGGUUGUCUAGUGAUGUUCACAAAAAUGCGAGAUGCAUUUGAUGCCCUGCACUUCAACAAACGGUUACUUGGCUCCAUCUGUGUGGAAGUACGUGGAGCGGAUGAAAAAAUGUGGCUAAGUGCCCUCGAAGAAUGCAAAAAUGCUUUAGAAGUUUUGGUUAGAAACGACCCUAGGCAACGCAUAAAGGAAAGUGCAAACAAGGACUCUGUGCUGCAGCUCAAGAGGAAAACUGCCAAACCGUUUCCACUGAAACCAUCAAAAAGGCAUAAAAAUGAUGCUCUUUCAAAUACUUGGAUACCACAGUCAAAGGAGUACAUUGUCAUGGUCAGCAAUCUACCUUGUACUAUGACAAAAACUGAGAUUAAAGAAUUGUUUCAGUGUCCAAACCUUUCACACACAAAUGUGCUUCAUCUGCUUGAUCAAAGUAGCAGCAGGACAGAUAAAGCCUUUCUUAUGUUCAACAGCGUUGAGGACUUUGACUACGCAAUGAAUCUCUCUGGUUGCCAUGUGGGCUCUGAUACCAUUGAGGUCUCAUCAAUCACCAGAAAGGACAUGACCAAAAUGCUCUCAAAAGAUCGCACAAAAGUAUCAAAGGUCUGGUCUGACAGAUCCAAGAACGUUUAGCAGAAGGGAAUUCGAUUCAGCUGCGCCGGAAGAAUUGCCAAACAAAAACCUGGACCAAGCCGUUCA